AUGGCAAGGGCGGAUACAGCGCCGUUUAGUGUCUCACCCGUCACGAGCAAGUUACCGAGCGGCAACAGACUCACGACAGUGGAUGACGGAUUCGCUGCAGGCGAGCAACCCGCACUAUUUGUAAGAGUCUACGAACGCAGAAUCUCCUUCCAUACAGGAUCGCUCAUGGGUACCCUCCCUCUUGCAGAGACGACAAUCAUUUGGUUGGAGCGGCUCUCUUCUCACUCGAAGUUCGGUGUCGUCAGACUUGUCGCAUGGGACGUAACCAUCACAAACAUCAAGCGCUACUGUUACUCCCAGAUGAGCCAACAAAUCAUCCGCAUGACCUCGAAUCUCUUCUCGCAAGAUAUUGCUGGAAAUCGCAUAGUUGUGUUGAAACAACGAGCCAACCGGUUGCCAAAUAACAGCCUGCCAAAACUGAACGCUAAGCCCGCAUCUAAUUUGUGCAUAAGACUCUGCUACGCAGCGCAUUUUGAUCUCACCUUACCUCGUUCACUCUUCCUGCUCGAUUUCCGACGCUGGUUCGAUCCAGUCGCUAUCGAUGAAAAACAAAUUUACAAGAUCAUCACAACCACUCCACUCAUCAAAACCCCAUUGAGGAUAGAUUACAUUGCAACUUCCCAUACUUUGAACCUGCUUCCAGAUCAACAGACAUCACCUUACUCGUGUCCCGAUGAACGCUGA